CAUGUCAAAAUGUCGAGCAUAUUGCAACCUGGCUUUUUUAUGGCAUUGGUGCAAUAAAGGCUUCAUUCUGACAACUCGAUCAUGCAGCUCAUUUUUGUUCAUGUAUCGUUGUAUUGUGCCCCUUACAAACAACCACUUCAUCUUCUUCCAGAGCAGCCUGUAUUUCUCCUGAGGUUACCUGUGGGUUUUUCUUUGUAUCCCAAACAAUUCUUCUAGCAGUUGUGCAAUCUUCCUUGGCCUACCUGAAUGGCUUGGUAUCAAGUGAUCCCUGAAUUUUCCACUUCUUAA